UCUCGUGACGUCAUGCCAUCAAAGAAGCCAAUACAUUCUAGGCUUUAGUCUGACAGCAGCCGGGGCCUUGUGUUGUGUUUUUGGCGUUUUUUUUAAUUUAUUUAUUAUUUAUAAUUUAUUUGUUUGGCGCCUGCGCUGAUGGAGGCGGAUUUACUGGAUACGUUAGAGGCUUUGGGGUACCAGGGUCCAUUGCUGGAGGAGAACUCCCUGGCUUCAGCCUUAGAAGCUGGUUUGUCUUCUACUGAGUACUUUCAGCUCCUGAAAUGGCUCACGUCUCAGAUCAAAUUAUUGGAUCAUUUAGAAGAGAGUGUAAGUUCUGAAGGUGAUGAUGUAGAAAGCGUUCAACUGGAAAUCAGUGGAUUCUUGAAGGAGCUCGUCUGCCCUUAUCCUACCCUGGUUUCUGGAGACAUUAAGGACAGAUUAAAGAACAAAGAGGACUGUCUGAAACUACUAUUAUUUUUAGGCUCGGAGCUUCAGGCCUUGCAAAUUGUACAAAGCAAGAAGCAGAAGGACUCGCGUUCACACGAUGACUUGUUUAAGGAACUCCGGACGAUCUGUGGGGCUCUGCGACUUCCUGAACAGACCGCUUCAAGUGCUGCUGCUUCGGUGUUAAAAAGUGUAGAGGAAAAGGUUACUGAACUUUUACCAAAAGCUAAGGCAACCAGCAUUGACCAGGCGUUGCUGAUUGUGGAUCUGAAUGCACAACAGCUGGAUCAGCUAGAGAAAAUAAAUGAAGCUCUCUGUAAAGAAUAUGAAUGCCGGCGCAGAAUGCUAAUAAAACGUUUGGAUGUAACCGUGCAGUCAUUUGGUUGGUCUGACAAAGCAAAGGCAAAAAUGGAUGAGAUUGCCAAAGCCUACCAACCAAUCCGUUACUCACUGUCCACAAAAUCAGGAAUCACCGUGUCGCAUCUCUUGGCUGCUAGACAGGAUCUCUCUAGGAUAGUGCGUACCAGCAGCGGGUCAGCCCGAGAGAAGAUGGCAUGUCCUAUCAAUAAGAUUCUGAUGGGCAGAGUUCCGGAUCGUGGAGGAAGGCCUUCAGAGAUCGAGCCCCCACCUCCAGAAAUGCCACCAUGGCAGAAAAGACAGGACGACGGAGGAAGAGGAGGCUGGAGAGGAGGUGGGCGAGGUGGAGGUUAUGGAAGAGGAGCAAGGGAUUUUAAUAGAGGUGGACGAGGAGGCUACCAGGGCAGGGGAGGCUAUGGUGAUGGAGGCUAUGGAGGAAGGGGGAACUAUAGGAGAUAUUGAAUGGACAUGGUUAUACAGCCUCCUAAAUCACAAUCUCUGCACCUGUGAAGACUAUUGUGAAUGAACUUCUACUUUUCUAUGUUUGUAACCGAAGAGAUCAUGGAAACGGACUUGAAGUUGAUAAUGUGACCAGGACAUUGUGACCUGCGGACUUGCUUCUCAUCAUGUAGUAAAUACCAUCCCUGUUCAUGGUUGCUGUCAGCUUUUAGUAGAUUUGCAAUAACUUUUCUACGUUUUAUGUCAAAAUUAACUAAUUAUCUUGUUCUGCAACAUGGAAGGUCCUAUGAAGCGCUGCCCUCGUAUUGUUGGUAUUAAGGG